UCUCGCGGAUACGUGGCAGGUUUGCUUCGACAGGUUGAGAAGAUGAAUUGUGACCCGGAAGUACUUUUCAGCAGCACCAACAAGAGGAUGUUCUGUUAGCCAGUUCGUUAGCUAGCUAGUUAUGUUAACCAAGUCGGGAAGUUGCAUUAUAAUUAUUGACAGCUGAAUCUGGAAGAAACGAUGUGGGGUAAAAGAUGUUUGCAAGUGAAUGUUUACAUGUCAGGAUUCCGCAUUUGUGAAUUUUGAGAGCCGGGCAGUUGCCGAAGCUAGUUAGCUUAGCUUUGCUAUUCGAGGCCAGAGGCUGUAACGUCCGUGUUUAGGUAACGUGGAUGUUUGGAAGCGAGCUGAACUGGUACCAGAACAGGGACGUUUAUUAAAUGUACAGCUACUGUUAACCAAGCUGCAUGCCGGGGCAUGUAAUUUAACUUGACGAGCACGGCUAAAAGCGCGUGUUAAGAGUGAGUGUAGCUAGGUGGAGGUUGGUGUUGAUGUUUUAGCUUAGCAGAAGAUUAGCCGAAGAGAAAAGUGCAGCCAUGGACGAUUUUAGCUCGAUCAGCCUGCUGUCUCUUGCGAUGUUGGUGGGAUGUUAUGUGGCCGGGACAAUACCUUUAGCAGUCAACUUUUCAGAGGAAAGGCUGAAGCUGAUCACUGUGCUGGGAGCAGGGCUGCUGUGUGGGACUGCACUGGCUGUUAUCAUCCCUGAGGGGGUCCACGCACUUUAUGAAGAAGUCCUUGAAGGUGUACACCACAGCCAUGGCCAGGUUGGAGUCGUGGAGGUGUCUGAGGCGAAGGGCGACGCAGACGCGGCCCUGGGGAGUGCCAGCGGGAAGCAUGAGCACAGUCACGAGCAGCUUCAUGCCUGCAUCGGAGUGUCUCUGGUCCUGGGCUUCGUCUUUAUGCUGCUGGUGGACCAGAUAGGCAGCUCUCAUGUGCACAGCACCGAAGAUCCAGAGUCAGCAAGGGCCGCCUCUUCAAAGAUCACCACCACCCUGGGUCUGGUGGUCCACGCUGCAGCUGAUGGAGUGGCUCUGGGUGCUGCUGCCUCCACCUCUCAGACCAGCGUCCAGCUCAUUGUCUUUGUAGCUAUCAUGCUGCAUAAGGCUCCAGCUGCGUUCGGUCUGGUUUCGUUCCUGAUGCAUGCUGGUCUCGAGAGGAACCGCAUCCGCAAACAUCUGCUGGUCUUUGCCCUGGCAGCGCCUGUCCUCUCCAUGCUCACCUUUUUAGGCCUCAGUCAGAGCAGCAAGGAGGCCCUGUCAGACUUCAACGCGACCGGAGUCGCCAUGCUCUUCUCCGCCGGCACCUUCCUCUACGUGGCCACCGUCCACGUCCUCCCUGAGGUCGGGGGCGGCGGCCACAGCCACGCCCCCACGGGAGGGACCGGGGGGAAAGGACUGAGCAAGGUAGAGGUGGGAGCUCUGGUGCUGGGCUGCCUCAUUCCUCUGGUGCUGUCCGUCGGUCACCACCAUUAGACCCAGCGUCCAGGACGGAUUUCAGACCGGUGUACAGGAGGGGGGGGGGGGGGGGGGACAGAGACUUCAAAACAACGUGGAUCUAAAUGUCUUAAUGCUUGUUGUCUGCUGAUGGACCAGACCGGUGCUCGUUGCGGGGACAUCUUAUGGCUCUGAGCUUGAAACGGAAUGAAUGAUGUUGGGGGAAAUCAGCAUUUCUGCAGCAACAACAGAGGAACACGACAAUGUUUUUUUUUUUUUUUUUUUUCAUACCGACAGUGACGACGAAACAUCUUACAGCUACUGUGUGUCCAUUUAUUUCACCAGAAUUUAUUUUUUUUUUUCUUCCAGAGGUGGACCCUUUUAUCUCUGUUUGUUUUGAUCACCGUGGCGUUUUCAGUGUUGCAUUAGUGUGCUUGUCGGUAUGCUAAGUCAAAGAACCAACCCUGAUAUCAUUACAGUGAUCUUUUACUAGGUGGCAGUUGCACAGAGAGAUUUGAUUGAGCCUGUGUGAUAUGAAAAAAAGCUAACUUCUCAUUUUUUGUAAUUGUACAGAGUGUAAAUCUCUUGGCAACAAUCCAGAUUAAUUUGAGCAGAUUUACAAGUGCCAUGUUAUUACAUUAAGUUGAAACCGAUACCUGAAGCAACAUAAGGACAUAACCGUUUGUAGUAAACGUUCCAGACUUAUUUUCUUACCAACGGAGAUCUUUAUCUCUCAGCCAACUGCGAAGCGGGAUGAGACGUCAGCCUGGAUAACCAGCUAGAUGCUCGUCGCAUGUUUUGCUUCGGCUGGUGAGUUUGCCCUACGAGAAAAAAAAAUUGGUUGUAACAAGCAAUUUCUUGGCCUGAUGGGAAGCCUGUCUAUGAUGGAUACUGAUGGUGUCUCUCCUAUAAAAAAAAAGAAAACCCACGCAAAAGUUCACGUGCUCGUCCGCUCCAACCAGAGUGCUGCGUAAAGAGAAGACCCAACCAGCCUUGAUGUAUCGCAACAUGAUCUGCCACUUUAUUUUCUUCCGUUUAGUUUCUGGGCGUGUUUUAUUUCUGUUCUGGUUUACUUAAAGGGUAAUUAUAAAUAGAAGUUGAGGGGGAGAAAAAAAAAAACAUCUGUACAGACUUAUUAAGUGUAUUUUGAGGUGGAGGGUUAUUUCAGCAGCUCUGAAUGAAUGAUUUGCCUUACAGAGGGCAGUAACUGGAUGAAAACAUUUAGGGACCAUUGGCUCAGGUGAACAGACAUAUUACAGAUCCUGUGAGGAGAGCUUAGAACAAAAGCUCUUUUUUUUUUUUUUUUUUUCUCUCCUUUCAGUUGUUUGACUCCUCAUUAAUUAAUCAUACCUGAGCAAUAAUCACACACAUGAAAUCGGUGCAAAGUCACUUCUUUCUCAGAAGUGCAGCAGAGUCUGAAAUGGCUACCGAGUAGGGCUGGGUAGCGUUUCAAUAUUUUUCAAUACCAAUUCCUGAACAAUUUUUUUUAAUUUAUUUUAAUUUUAAUUACAAAAAAAAACUAUUUUAACAAAAAGAAAGCCUUUGAUUUAUUUUCCAGUUCCUACUACACGAGCCUACUCACCGUGCGUAACGUAGAGUUUUUUCCCGUGCGUCUCUUCGGCGUGUAACGUUCCACAGCCAAUCGGCAGCUUUCUAAGAUAUUGGUAACCUGCUUAUUGGCUCACUGACGCCGAUGAGGUUUACUCGAUACAGAGGAGGCAAUUUGGUCGGUGCCUAAAAAGUUUUGAAUUCAGCCCUACCACAGAAGGGUUUGCCUUCAUCUUAGAAGCACUCGUUCCUCGAUUCAGAUAGAGGCGCUUGAACACAUCCCUUCCUCUCCGCCUCAGUACCAUUUAGAACGAACCGCUUAACGCUGCUCCCCUCUUCCAUCAGGACAGGUGGAUAUUGUGAGUGUUGCUGUAUCACCGUGCCUGCUCACAGCAGAGCUCAUGUAUAUGUAAGUUUGUAUGUGUACUGUACAGAGUAACUUCUCCCUUCCGCAAUCAACAUAUCUUGUGUGAGAUGGAACUGCUUACUCACAAAUACAUUUUUUCUUUUUUUUUUGGGUAUUCUUUAAUUUGACAUGGGUGGGCUGUUCUGACACAAGAGGCUACAGACUUUUUGAGGAGUCUCUGUUUUAUGUAUAAAUUAAAUGGUUUUACAAAUGCAA